AUGAAACCCAGGAGGAUCUACGAUGCAGUUUUGGUUCUGAGCUCCGACCAGCCUGAGUCCAGACUGAAGAGCAACAUGGACAACCUGACGACUCACCUGACACAGUCUUCCUCAGUGUCCAUCCACCACUCAACUGAUGAAGAGGAGGAAGUUGGCAAAGACCAAGAGGUGGAGCUAAAGUUUGUAACACUUGAGCAUGACGAAGGAGCAGAGUCCAUCUGUAACUUCAGAGCCUUAGUGGUGAGGUGUUGUCAUGGUAACCGGAGAGGUUAUAUGCUGCUGUUUGUGUAUGGAUUUAUCAUGUUCACUGCAGCGUUCCUGUUGGCCUUCGCUGUGUUCAGUGGGCGAUACCACUGCUCUCAGGCGGGGGGCCUGGAGGAAGAUGAGCAGCAAAAGGGUGAGAUUAAUGCACCUUCAGAAGCAGGGGUGGGGCUUUACCUGGGAGAGCUGAGAGACAUGAUGAGGAGGUUGCUGCAGGAUGAAGAUAUCCACAACAUCAUCAGUCGGAUCAGCAGGGCAGCUCAUCCUCCAGGCUCCUCAGAGGGAACAGCGUUGGCCUCAGAGAUCCUACAUCGCUUCAGGAAGCUGCCAAUGGACCACACCUGGACUGAGUCUCUGUACGCCACUCUGCAGUUUCCUAACAAGACUCAGAGAAGCUCACUGCAGCUUGUGGAUUCUGAAGGUCUGAUUGCUGAACAGAUUCCUCUAAACCCAUUGGAUUACUGUCCAUACAGUGCUACGGGAAACUACACAGGAGGUGUGGUGUAUGCCAAUUAUGGUCGCCCAGAGGAUUUUAAUUGGCUGAAGAGUGUGGGCGUGUCAGUGGCUGGCUGUGUGGUGGUGAUGCGUGUUGGAGGUGGCAUCAGUUUUGCAGAGAAGGUCUGGAUGGCUGAGAGGAAUGGCGGAGGUGGAGUUUUGAUCUACCCUGACCCUGCAGACUUGCCGCAGGACCCUCGCCGCCUGGGACUAAACUCACACACUGCUGUGUCAGAACAUGUCCAUCUGGGGUCAGGUGACCCCUUCACACCUGGCUUUCCUUCGUUCAAUCAUUCUAAGUUUCCACCCAUACCAUCGUCUGGCCUGCCAUUAAUCCCAGCUCUGCCCAUCACUGCUACUGUGGCUGCCAAACUGCUGAGCCAGCUGUCGGGUCCAGCAUGUCCUCCGUCUUGGCGAGGUCGGCUGCCAUACGUCCGCUGCCUGCUCGGUCCAGACCUAAGCUCUGGACACAGAGUUCGAAUGAUAGUUCACAAUGUAAUGAAGCCUAUCUUGCUCAACAACAUCUUCUCCUCGCUGGUGGGCCGUGUUGAACCAGACCAGUACAUCAUACUGGGAGCUCAGAGGGACUCGCUGGGUCCAGGAGCAGUAAAGUCUGGAGUUGGAACAGCUAUCCUUUUGGAGUUGGCUCGAACCUUCUCAGCCAUGCUGAAGAAAGGUUUUAGUCCCAGACGCAGUUUAUUGUUUGUCAGCUGGGAUGCAGGAGAUUUUGGGAGCGUAGGAGCAACUGAAUGGCUUGAGGGUUACCUACAAAUGCUUCAACUGAAAGCUGUGGCAUACUUUAGUCUGGACCAGGCCAUCAUGGGUGAUGACAUCCUGUCAGCCUACACCAGCCCAUUACUGGUCGACCUGCUUGACUCUGCCAUCAAACAGGUAGAACACCCCAAACAUGCAGGUCAGACCAUCUACAGCCAGGCUGAAAAAGAUGGAGGCAGCUGGAGGAUUAUAAAACCUCUGUAUUUGAACAGUGGAGCCUACAGUUUCACUGCAUUUGCAGGAGUUCCAGCCAUCGAGCUUAGAUUCACUAAGGAGCGAGCUUACCCAUUUGUCAACACGCCUAUGGACAGCGUCUCCCGACUACAGGAAGUUCUAGGGGGUCGUCUGGGUGUCAUUGGGCGAAGCCUGGGUGAGCUGGUGGGGGAAAUGGUGCUGCGGUUGGUCCAUGACCACAUCCUUCCUUUACGCAUCACUUCCUAUGCGCAGACAGUCUUGUUAUUUAGCGCUCAAUUAAACAAACACUCAGCCGAGCUACAGACCAGAGGUGUUUCUCCUCAGUGGCUGUUUAGUGCCAGAGGAGAUUACAGUCGAGCUGCAGAGAUGCUGCAGAGAGGCAUUGACUACAGUGACCUGCAUGAUCCCACAACAGCGCGCCUCUACAACACCCGCAUUAUGAAGGUGGAGUACUACUUCCUGUCCCAAUAUGUGUCUGCAAUGGAGACGCCAUUCCGUCAUGUGAUCCAUGGGCGUGGCAACCACACUUUGAGUGCCCUUGCUGAGCACUUGGCCCUGCUUACCUCUGACCCUGUGCGGUUUGAUGAAAAUCGUUUCAGGAGACAGCUGGCUUUGUUCACAUGGACACUACAGGGAGCUGCCAAUGCUUUGAAUGGAGAUGUGUGGAGCAUACACAACACACAAACAUACAAACACUGA